GCUCACGACGUCUUCAUUCCCAACACUCCCACAAGCAUGAUUGUCACUGGUUUGUCAUUAGAGACCCUUUCAAUAUUAGUGGGUUCGGUGGUUGCACUGCGCGCAUUGCAGCUCUUCUUAGAUUUCCGUCGACUAUUGGCAAACAUUCAUCAUCUUCCAGGGCACAGAACAAUUCUUAGUUCCUCAACUGUGCUCGGACGCCUGUUGCCUCCGACCCCCUUGUUGAUCUUAGGUCAUGAUCAUUUUUGGCUGUUGAAGCAUGGCCCCUUUGCGGAGAGGGGCCUCGACAUAAUUUCCGCUGUGGCAUGCUGGCCGAAAGCAAUGGGAUCGAUGUUGAUAGCAGACGUCAAUGUGAUCAAGGACAUUGUUUGGUCUCGUGGAGAACGCUUCCCAAAACCUCUUGGCCAAUAUACUGUAUUAACAUUCUUCGGCGAAAACAUUAUUGCUUCCGAAGGCAACGAAUGGAAGCGUUACCGCAAAGUCGUCGCACCUGGGUUUUCAGAAAAGAACAAAAGAUUGGUCUGGGAUGCCACGACACAGAUCAUGCUCGACCUUUUUGAUACAAUGUGGGCUGGACAAGAAGAAGUGGUUGUCAAUCACUCCGUAGAUUUGACUUUUCCAGACGAUGUGAUCCCACUCGGACACCAGCUGACUUUCAAAGAUGCUCUCCGCACAGUGACACAGGACCUCACCCUUACAAUUUUAGUACCGAGAUGGGCCAUGGGGCUCACUAAAAGUUUCAGACGUGCAAGGCUUGCCUUCGAUGAAUUGCAUCGAUACCUUACAGAGAUGAUUCAUGAACGGCAGGAAUCCAAGGACGAAGAAGAUAAUAACGACCUCUUAUCUAGUUUGGUGUCAGCAAAUGACAAUGAGAAUUUGUCGAAGGGUGAAGUAAGGCUGAGCGAUAGCGAAUUAAUCGGUAAGCUACAAUUUCAGACUCUAGCAGAACAUGACUACAUCACGACAGCCCAUGCACUUUCUUUUGCGUUCGCACUAUUGGCUUUACAUCCUGAUAAGCAAGAAGAAAUGUACCAACACAUCAAGCACGUACUGUCUGAUGGAAGAAUUCCUACUUAUGAUGACAUGCCGUCAUUGACCUACUCUUCCGCCGUGUUCAACGAAGCACUGCGGAUGUUCCCCCCUGUUUGCGCUGUGCCAAAAUCGAGUGCCGAAGACACGACCUUCACCCUCACAGAUGUGAAUGGGACGCUAAAAACAGUCGUUGUGCCUAAAGGAUUGGAUCUUAUACUGGACGUGCCUGGGCUUCACUACAACCCUAAGUACUGGGAAGAUCCAUUCGCGUUUAAACCCGAACGAUUCUUGGGCGACUGGAACAGGGAUGCAUUCCUCGCCUUCAGUGGUGGUUAUAGAGGGUGUGCAGGAAGAAAGUUCGCCGAAACCGAGGGAGCAGCUGUUCUCACCAUUCUAAUUUCGCAAUAUAUUAUUUCGAUCAAGGACGAGCCGCAAUUUGCUGGCGAAACGUAUGAGCAGCGCAAGGCAAGAGUACUCGACGCACGAAGUAUGCUCACUCUGGCACCAACCCGCCUUCCCCUGGUAUUCAGACGGAGGACUUAAAAGUAUCUUAUGACUACAUUAGAUGUUCAGUUUGACAUCUCCAAGACGAUUC